AUGGAAACGGUAGCCAAGCGGCAGCGGGCCCUCCUGGCGCAGCCGCCGCUGGAGGACGCCGCGGAUCCGGUCGCCGCCGUUUUCGGCAACAUCGACCUCCUCCGCGAGAUCCUCCUCCUCCUCGACGCCCCGUCGGACCUCGUCCGUGCCGCGCUCGUCUCCACCCGCUGGCUCGGCGCAGCCAGGGACCCGGCGUUCCUCCGCCGAUUCCGCGCGCGCAGCCCGCCGGCCCUCCUGGGCUUCUUCGCCACCUUCGGCCACGGCUCCAUUUGGCCGCCGGCGGCGCUCCAACCCAAGCUUGACGUCGCUCGCUUCGUGCCGCUACCUCACCCGCCGAAGCUCGACGGCGCCGCACGCCUCGUCGGGGCCGCCGCCAACGACGUCGGACCCGCGGAUCUCGUCGUGGGCUGCCGCAACGGCAGCGUCCUCGUCAAGCACGGGGGCGGCCACGGCAAGAAGUACUCUGUGCGCUGCCCGCUGCGGUCGGCGGCCGCCGGCAGUGUCAUUCGGCGGCCGGCGUCGUUCCCUCCCCGCGAACUCAUCACACAAGGCGUCCCCUUCGCGCAGGUUGAGCUCAUCCCAUUUCCCGGCGCCGGCGGUGAUCCCCGCGACACCGAUGCCCUGUCCGCAUUUGGCGGGAUGACCAUGAUGCCCUCCAGGUUCGAUUCUACCAUGAAUAAAUUAAUCCAGCAGGUGGUGUAUGUUCGGCGGCAGACUAGAGGAUGGGCCACCCAUGUCUCGCCCCUAUUGGAGCUCCCUGUGCGGCUGGUGUUCAACCCAGCACCCUGCAGCCUGCUGGUGGGGGGCAGGUGGCUCUACAUGACCACCGUGCUCGGUUGCAUCGUCGUCUUCGAUCUGGCCACGGAGACCUUCUCCGUGGUGAGCUUCCCCGAUGGCGUGACGGUGUCCUGUGUGGAGCUAGACAUCCUGGACCACACCCUGGCAAGGGCUGGGGAUACCGGGAUCUACCUCGUCCAUGCCAAGGGCGUGGAGCUUCAUGUUUGGUUCCGGAGGAUGGACGGAGGCGCAGCAGGCAUCUGGGAAAGGGUGGAAACUGUUUAUCUCCCUAAGGUGUUUGGUGACCUUGUUGCCAUGGAAAUCUGGGAUAAAAUUCUCCGGAAUGAAAAUUUUAAUAACAUGGCCGACGGCCCCGAUCACGGCUAUGCUUGGGAUUUAAACUACGGUGUAGAGAUUCAUGAAGUUGGGGAUGGCGCAGAGUUUGUGUUCCUGACAGUGGCAAAAAAUGGGCCCGUGUUCCUAUUGGAUGUCAAGAAGAGGAAGGUCGAGAAGGUGCUGCAGCCGUCAGAGCAAGAUGACGAUGGUGGUCGUGAGCUGUGUGGGAUCUCUGCCUUCAUGAUGCCAUGGCCUCCAGUCUUCCCAGCAUUGAACCAAAGGGGGUGA